GCACUGGGCAACAACACUAAAAUCAGCUUCAAAAAUCCAAAAUGACGUUUUUCUAAAAAAAAUACGGAUUUUUAACCAAAAAUCUAAUUAAACUACAAUUAAUAACAGGAUCGUGAGAUCUUUAUAUUGAGUGGUAUAGUGCAAGUGUUGUGUUUGCAAAAUGUCGUUAUUCCGGAAGCCGAAAAAGAUUCAGCGUCGUGUGUUUUGUGCUGAUGAUGACGAAGAUGGGGAGCCUGAAGCGCCGCCGCCGCCAGUCAUCAGCCAAGAAAGGGAGAAAAAAGAAGCUAAAUCCGUCAAAAGCACUCCUCUGUUGAGUUUCGCCGACGAAGAGGAAGAUGGUGAAGUAUUCAAAGUUAAGAAAUCUUCUCAAAGUAAGAGAUUGGCUAAGAAGAGAGAGAAGGAGAAGCAGAAGCGUGAUGUGAGAACAGAUGGUGAUAAUAACAAAUAUGACAAUAAUAUACUUGAGGAAAAGAACAACCACACAGAUGGGACGAACGACAAACCAAAGACAAAGAAGAAGGUGACAUUAGAGGGGCUGAUACUGGCCGGUCGCGAGGCGCUGGCGGCUGACGGCGCCGGCGACGUGUCGGAUGACAGCGCGGCGGGCGAGGAGGAAGAGGAUGAAGAUAAUAGGGGGUUCCAUCGGUACCGCGCCGAGUCCGUGCGGGCCGCGCUCAUGGGCGCGCCGGGCCGCAUUCCCGACGCCGCGCUCAUACACGCCGCCCGCAAGACAAGACAGCAGGCUCGCGAGCUCGGAGGUGACUACGUGCCGCUGAAGUCGGAGGCGGCGCCCGGCUCCCGGCUGGUCAGGGACGACGGCUCAGGAGAUGAUGAGGAGGAAGGCAGGAUACAUGUCAGGGGCUUGGACUUGCCCAGUGAUAAGCCUAAACGUGGCACAGCGGCAGCCUCAGAAGAGGAACUGGACAGCGAGGCAGAGGAAUGGGAGGAACAACAGUUGCAGAAAGCGAGGCCAGCGCUCGUGGAUCUCACUGGUGAAGGUGCAGUAGAAAUGAACCCGUUCUCGGUAGCCCUGCCGGCGCCGCAGCAGUCGGCGCCCGAGCACCUGCGCCCGCUCACCACGAACGAUACGCAGCCCCCGACGUCGGCUAAUGAUUUAGUUGAUGCGCUUAAGAAACGGUUACAAGAACUUCGUGUAGAACGCGACGCAACUUCCACUACGCAGAAAGAACUACGCGAUAGGUUGUUGACCUCUGCGCGUAUACGCGAGAGUCGGGCCGCGCGGUGUGGGGAACUCGAUGCCGCGUAUAAGAGAGCUCAAGCUAUACGCGGUUUCUUGACAGACCUUAUCGAGUGUCUUGAUGAGAAGAUGCCACAGCUAGAGGCGUUAGAAGCCCGUGCCCUGGCGCUGCACAAGCGUCGCUGCGAGUUCCUCAUCGAGCGGCGCCGCGCCGACCUCAGGGACCAGGCGCAAGAUGUACUCACUACUCCUGGUCGAGCGGCAAACCUGAAGCCAUCAGAAAACGAAGAAAAAACGCGUCGGGCCGCGGAACGCGAGGGCCGGCGCCGAGCGCGGCGCCUCAAGCGCGAGGCCGCCGCCGCCGCCGCCGGCGCCGCGCUGCCGCACAGGGACGGAGACUCGUCUGAUGACGAGCUGCCGCCGCAGGAGCUGCACCACUAUACUACGGAGAGAGACAGUAUACGAGCAGCCUCAGCGCAGCUGUUCAGCGACGCUUUGCCCGCGUGGCGCAGUGUGUCGGGCGUCUGCGGGCGGCUGGCGGGCUGGCGGGCGCGGGCCCCCGACCUCUACAGCGACGCCUACGUGGCCGCCUGCCUGCCUCGGUUGUUGGCGCCCUAUGUCCGGCAUGAGCUUAUCCUAUGGAACCCGCUAGCAGACGAAGACAAUGAGGAUUACGAGAAAAUGGAUUGGUACAAAUGUCUGAUGAUGUACGGCGUCCGGUGGGAGCGUCCGGCGGACUCGUCGGAGUCGGCGUCGGACGACGAGGUGGAGCCGCCGCCCGUCACCGAGACCGCCGUGAGGGAUGACCCCGACCUCAUGCUGGUGCCCGCUAUAGUCAGCAGGGUCGUGCUGCCUAAGUUGACAGAGCUAGUGACAUACGCGUGGGACCCGCUCGUGGUCCGCGCGUGCGUGCGGCUGCGCGGCGCGCUGCUCCGCGCGGCCGCCACGCCGCAGUGCCGCGCGCCGCUGCGGCGUCUGUCCACUGCUAUACGAGCAAGGCUCUCUGCGGCGCUGGGGGCUGAUGUCUUCCUGCCUGCGUUGCCGCCGCAUGUGUUGGAAGGUGCGGGCGGUGCGUUCUGGCGACGUUGUCUAGGCGCCGGCGUGAGGCUGCUACGUGCCACGCUAGCGUUGGCCGGCCCGCCCGCGCCACUGUACGCUGACCCCUUGGUUUUAUCGCUUAUAGACACGCUAUGCUGCGGCGCGGGUGCAGCGGGCGGGCCGUACAUCGCUGCGGCAGCCGUGGCGCUGUGUGACACGCUGCCGCGCGACGCUGCGUUACGUGCUAGAGCGCUUGCGCGACUCGCCGCGCUCGCCACGCUAGCGCUGUCGCGAUUGGAUACUGACAACCCGCUGCAUCUAAAAGCCCUGGAACAAGCUCGAGCAGUGAUCGCAGAAGCCCGCGCGGUUGAAUGACCCACACAGCUGAUGACGUCACACUGCCCGCGAACAGUCACAUAGCCGCGACCCGCCUGACUACACAAGUAUGAGGAAUAGAGUAUACGCCUUUACGUACCGAUGAUCUUUUAUCGUUCAAAGUGUAAGCAAAAAGGUUCAGAAGUUCUUGUAAAAAGUUAAAUUGUUUCUACAAAUGUAGUUCGAUGGAACUUAUUAUUUUCUCGACAAAAUGAACGCAACGUUGUACCCAGGUUAUUUUCAUGUUGUUUAAUUAAUAAAUUCGCGUAGUUACAAUGUUAUGUGAAUAUUUUUUCAAUAUUUUGUCUUAUUACGCUCAUACUUGUGUCGAGUUUUGUAUAAGUGGAAAAGAAACAUGGGCUAUAUUUACAUACAAUGUAAAAUUAUUUAUUUACAUAAGAUAAUACCAAUGCAUAAUUCUAAAUAUGAAUACAAAGCAAUAUUUCAUGUUUUCUUAAAAAUGUGCCUUCAUUGAUUUAUUCGUAUAAUAAAUUCAAUUCAAUUCACAGUUAUAGUAUUUAAUUAAUAUCAGUAUACAUACAUACAAAGCUAUAUUGUACAUAUAGUAAUAUAGAUUAACAAUAACAGUAUAAAUUGAUUAAUGUAAUUUGCUUAGAGUCAAUAGUUGAACGUCUGUAGGUAAAGCUGUCAGUAAUUUUUUUGCAAAUUUAUACAAAGCAGGUAUACCAAAAUGAAUCAAAAUUGCAAAAUGAAUCAUUGAUUGGUAACUCUCUGGUAUUGAAUUUACGUCUAGUUUAUUUUCCUGGCGAGGUAGUGGUUUACAGACAGUUAAUAAUAUAACGUCUCGAUAGUAGCAAGAUAAUAUUAUAUCGAUCAUGAGAUCCUUCAGAAAAUCUUCCCUUUAAAUGUUGUGAAAAUACUAAGAGGACCUAACAUUAUUUAGACUUAGGGCCUAUGCACACCACGUUUUUUAAACGCGCCGUCGACGCGCGUUUGUAGCGAUACAGACGCGAUACGCACGCAAGUCAGGACUGCUCUGCAGCGCGUCCCCAAAACGCGCGUCGACAGCGCUUUUAAAAAACGUAGUGUGCAUAGGCCCUUAGAGAUUAUAACAAGCAAAUGUCGUAGGUUCGUGAUGGAAUGUUGUGCCCUUGAAUGUAAUAUAUUUUCUUAGCACUUUUAAGUCAUAUUUUUGUACGUCGUUCAGUCGAACUACUAACUUCUUGUCGCAAAGCUGUACCACAAUACACUUUCAUUAGUAUGGAUCACAAUGUCCCAUAGUAGACGAAGUAAUGUUAUUUUCAUAGAGUUCUAGUUUGCAUACGAAUUGUUGAAAUGUUUUGUACAUAUGGAGUCUUAUUAAGCUCAUAACGAGAUAAAUGGUAGCACAUAGAUUCGUGCCUCAAUUUUUGUUUCACAAAUAAAGAUUUGAUUAUUUGGUGUGAUUACAGCUACAGUGAAUUAGUAAAUUCAUGUGAAUAAUAGAAACUGUAAUGUUAGAAAACGUAAAUACUAUUUUCAGUGGUAGAAUUGUCACAUUUGAUGUUAGAUUUCUCUUUGACCAUAGUGAAUCAUUAAGGGUGAGUUACACCAUUUAACUAUAACGAUAACCAAAUCAUAACCAGCCGUGUACUGGCCGCUCGUUGAUCAAAUCGGCGAUUUACGGAAUGAAAAUAAUGAAUGAAUCGGUUAUAGGUAUAAUAUGGUGCAACUCACCGUUAUGAAUAAAUACGUGAGACUAUGCUCUUUCUCACGAACUUUUCAAUUGUUUUCUAUAUAAUUUUAAUAAGGCGUAGUAUUGAAGUUGUGAUGGCUGUCUCACUUGAUCAUUGUGAAUGUUAUAUCAUAGUUAUUUAUGUAUACUGUAGUAAGUAACAGAUCAGGAUGUCUCGUGUGAGGUUCCGAACAACGAUGAUAAAUAAAUGAUUUGGGUUUAAAAGUG